UCGAGUUUGCACAUUUUAGUUUUAAAAGCCGGCCGUCGGAGAGCGGGUCAUGUUAGCGAAUUUUAGCAAAAUAUUAAGUUAAUUGGCACCGGGUAGCCUUUACUUUGUGUUGUCGGGAUUGAGGUUGUGUGGGGAAGCCUGCGUCUCAAGGUCAUAACCAGGCCUACGAGGCCAUAUCCCGGGCCAUGGGGCCGGGAACACUCUUCUAUUUCUUGGCCGCGCUGGCUAUAAUACAUGCCAGCGAGGAUACGCCAAAGACAAAGCCAAAAGAUGAAUUCAAAGCAUUAUCCGAAGCGCGAGAAGCUCGCCAAUAUGACUCGUACCAGGGACAACCAGAUAACGAAGUGGUCGUGGACAUAGAGGACGAUGAAAAGAAACAGUAUUAUGAAACCAAUUACGACACAAGUGCAUACGGCUUCGGUUAUGACGUCGGUCCAAAUGGGCAGUUCCAUCAUGAGAACCGCGGUCCGGAUGGCGUCACCUAUGGUUGCUAUGGUUACUUGGACCCAGAUAACUUCCUUCGUGCUACUCACUACGUUGCUGACAGCCACGGAUACAGAGUAGUGGAACCAGAGAAACCAGUCGAAGUAUUCCCUGACGAGAAAUAUGAAUACGAUGAAUCCACUGGACAGGCGUUAAACACUCGGCCCGGACAAAUCAUCCCCUGGGAGAAACUCUUCUUCCCCAAGGGAUGCGGUCGUACUCCCGGUGGAGUUCCAGCCAAGCCUUUACCGAAACCUACGCCCAAACCACCUCGUCCCAUAGACAGCAGUAGCGAGACCACGAAUGUCAAACCUGUACAAUCUGGACAAGGACCCAAUGGACCUUACGGCCCUGGAUCAUGGCAAGGUCAACCAGGCAAGCCAGGAACUCCCGGCAGGCCCGGUACUCCAGGUACUCCAGGCACCCCAGGAACCCCAGGCUCUCCCGGUUCUCCCGGCACACCAGGUGGACCAGGAGGUCCAGGUGGUCCCGGCGGCCCCGGUGGUCCAUCAGGCGGCUACUACCCCGGCUCUAGUGGAACCCCAGGCACCGCUGGAUCUCCAGGAACCCCAGGUACACCCGGUAGUCCCGGUACCCCCGGCGGCCCAGGUACUCCUGGGACCUCAGGUUACCCUGGCACAGCUGGUACCCCAGGUACACCUGGAUACCCAGGCACAGAAGGAACCCCAGGUACACCUGGUUACCCAGGCACAGCUGGUACCCCAGGCACACCAGGUACACCUGGAUAUCCAGGUACAGAAGGCACCCCAGGAACACCUGGUUACCCAGGUACGGCAGGUACCCCAGGUACACCUGGUUACCCAGGCACAGAAGGAACUCCUGGCACUCCAGGUACACCUGGUUACCCAGGCACAGCUGGUUACCCAGGCACAGCUGGUACCCCAGGCACACCUGGUUACCCAGGCACAGAAGGAACCCCAGGAACACCAGGCACACCUGGUUACCCAGGCACAGAAGGAACCCCAGGCACACCAGGCACACCUGGAUAUCCAGGCACAGCAGGCACACCUGGUUACCCAGGAUACUAUCCCGGCGGCUCAGGUGGAUAUUACCCAGGACAACCAACUGCACCAGGCACAGACGGCUAUUAUCCAGGACAAGGUAGUGGACCAGGAGGACCAUUAGGUCCUGAUGGUACUUAUGGUCCCGAUGGUACCUACUACCCGGGCACUCCAGGAACACCAGGCACACCAGGCACACCAGGCAGCCCCGGCGGCCCUGGCGGCCCAGGAGGUCCCGGAGGGCCCGGCGGUCCUGGAGGCCCCGGAGGACCUAAUGGACCCAAUGGCCCAUCAAACGGCGGCUACUACCCAGGACAACCCGGCAGACCUGGCACUCCAGGCAGUCCAGGAUCACCAGGUACUCCAGGAGGACCAGGAGGUCCAGGUGGACCAGGAGGUCCUGGAGGACCAGGAGGACCAAACGGACCCAAUGGCCCUUCAAGCGGCGGAUACUACCCAGGACAACCCGGCAGCCCUGGCACUCCAGGAAGCCCAGGAUCACCAGGCACUCCAGGAGGACCAGGUGGACCAGGUGGACCAGGAGGUCCAGGAGGACCUGGUGGACCUAAUGGACCCAAUGGCCCUUCAAGCGGCGGCUACUACCCAGGACAACCCGGCAGCCCUGGCACUCCAGGCAGCCCAGGAUCACCAGGCACUCCAGGAGGACCAGGAGGUCCGGGCGGACCAGGUGGCCCAGGAGGUCCCGGAGGGCCUAAUGGACCCAAUGGCCCUUCAAGCGGUGGCUACUACCCAGGACAACCCGGCAGCCCUGGCACUCCAGGCAGCCCAGGAUCACCAGGCACUCCAGGAGGACCAGGAGGUCCGGGCGGGCCAGGUGGACCUGGAGGUCCCGGAGGGCCUAAUGGACCCAAUGGCCCUUCAAGCGGCGGAUACUACCCAGGACAACCCGGCAGCCCUGGCACUCCAGGCAGCCCAGGAUCACCAGGCACUCCAGGAGGUCCAGGAGGACCAGGUGGGCCAGGUGGACCAGGUGGCCCGGGAGGGCCAAACGGACCCAAUGGCCCUUCGAACGGCGGAUACUACCCAGGACAACCCGGCAGCCCCGGUUCACCAGGAAGCCCAGGAUCACCAGGAACACCCGGUGGUCCCGGAGGUCCAGGUGGUCCCGGUGGACCUGGAGGACCCGGUGGUCCCACCGACACAACAACUUAUCCAGGACAAUCAAGUGGCCAACCUAGUCAACCAGGACAGCCGGGAUACCCAGGCAAACCAGGACAGCCUGGCUACCCAGGACAACCAGGACAACCAGGGCAACCAGGACAACCCGGACAGCCAGGACAAGGUGGCCAACCUGGUAAACCAGGACAGCCAGGAUACCCAGGCCAACCAGGACAGCCAGGAUACCCAGGACAACCAGGCCAACCAGGACAACCAGGACAGCCAGGACAAGGUGGUCAACCUGGUAAACCAGGACAGCCAGGAUACCCAGGCCAACCAGGACAGCCUGGCUACCCAGGACAACCAGGACAACCAGGACAAGGAGGACAACCUGGUCAACCUGGACAGCCAGGUGGCCCAGGACAGCCAGGAUACCCAGGACAACCAGGACAGCCAGGACAAGGUGGCCAACCUGGUAAACCAGGACAGCCAGGAUACCCAGGACAACCAGGUCAGCCAGGAUACCCAGGACAACCAGGACAACCCGGACAGCCAGGACAAGGUGGCCAACCUGGUAAACCAGGACAGCCAGGAUACCCAGGCCAACCAGGACAGCCAGGAUACCCAGGACAACCAGGACAACCCGGACAGCCAGGACAAGGUGGCCAACCUGGUAAACCAGGACAGCCAGGAUACCCAGGCCAACCAGGACAGCCAGGAUACCCAGGACAACCAGGACAACCCGGACAGCCAGGACAAGGUGGCCAACCUGGUAAACCAGGACAGCCAGGAUACCCAGGCCAACCAGGACAGCCAGGAUACCCAGGACAACCAGGACAACCCGGACAGCCAGGACAAGGUGGCCAACCUGGUAAACCAGGACAGCCAGGAUACCCAGGACAACCAGGAUACCCAGGACAACCAGGACAACCCGGACAGCCAGGACAAGGUGGCCAACCUGGUAAACCAGGACAGCCAGGAUACCCAGGACAACCAGGACAGCCAGGAUACCCAGGACAACCAGGACAACCCGGACAGCCAGGACAAGGUGGCCAACCUGGUAAACCAGGACAGCCAGGAUACCCAGGUCAACCAGGACAGCCAGGCUACCCAGGACAACCAGGACAGCCAGGUGGCCCAGGACAGCAAGGACAACCGGGUUAUCCAGGACAACCAGGACAACCAGGGCAAGGAGGACAACCUGGUCAACCUGGACAGCCAGGUGGCCCAGGACAGCCAGGAUACCCAGGACAACCAGGUCAGCCCGGAAAACCGGGACAACCUGGGCAGCCAGGUUACCCAGGGCAGCCCGGUCAGCCAGGACAGCCAGGAUACCCAGGGCAACCCGGUCAGCCAGGGCAGCCAGGAUACCCAGGUCAACCAGGACAACCAGGUCAACCCGGAAAACCGGGACAACCCGGGCAGCCAGGAUACCCAGGGCAACCCGGUCAGCCAGGACAGCCAGGACAACCAGGGCAGCCCGGAUAUCCAGAACAACCAGGACAGCCAGGAGGACCAGGACGUCCUGAAGACCUAACUAAACCAGGUCAGCCAGGAUACCCAGGACAGCAAGGACAACCCGGUGGUCCAGGACAGCCAGGACAACCUGGAUACCCAGGACAACCAGGUAAACCAGGACAACCUGGUCAACCAGGAUAUCCAGGACAGCCAGGACAGCCCGGAUACCCGGGACAACCUGGUCAACCAGGACAGCCAGGUCAACAAGGACAACCAGGACAGCCUGGUAAACCAGGUCAGCCAGGCCAGCCAGGAUAUCCAGGACAACCUGGCAAACCAGGCGAACCAGGCCAACCAGGAUACCCAGGACAACCAGGACAACCUGGCAAACCGGGUCAACCUGGCCAGCCAGGAUACCCAGGACAACCAGGUGAACCAGGCCAACCUGGUCAACCCGGACAGCCAGGACAACCAGGAUACCCAGGACAGCCAGGACAACCCGGUGGUCCAGGUCAGCCAGGCCAACCAGGAUACCCAGGACAGCCAGGUCAAGCAGGACAACCAGGUCAACCAGGAUACCCCGGACAGCCCGGACAGCCAGGAUACCCAGGACAGCAAGGACAACCUGGUGGCCCAGGACAGCCAGGGCAACCAGGUACACCAGGCCAGCCCGGCCAACCAGGAUACCCAGGCCAACCAGGUCAACCAGGAGAACCUGGCAAACCAGGACAACCUGGCCAGCCAGGACAACCAGGAUACCCAGGACAGCCCGGACAGCCAGGUUACCCUGGACAGCAAGGACAACCUGGUGGUCCAGGACAGCCAGGACAACCAGGAUACCCAGGACAACCCGGACAACCAGGUCAACCAGGCCAGCCCGGCCAACCAGGAUACCCAGGCCAACCAGGACAACCAGGAGAACCUGGCAAACCAGGACAACCUGGCCAGCCAGGACAACCAGGAUACCCAGGACAGCCCGGACAGCCAGGUUACCCUGGACAGCAAGGACAACCUGGUGGUCCAGGACAGCCAGGACAACCAGGAUACCCAGGACAACCCGGACAACCAGGUCAACCAGGCCAGCCCGGCCAACCAGGAUACCCAGGCCAACCAGGUCAACCAGGAUACCCAGGGCAACAAGGACAACCCGGUGGUCCAGGACAGCCAGGACAACCAGGAUACCCAGGACAACCCGGACAACCAGGUCAACCAGGCCAGCCCGGCCAACCAGGAUACCCAGGCCAACCAGGUCAACCAGGAUACCCAGGGCAACAAGGACAACCCGGUGGUCCAGGACAACCCGGACAACCAGGUACACCAGGCCAGCCCGGCCAACCAGGAUACCCAGGGCAGCCAGGUCAACCAGGAGAACCUGGUAAACCAGGACAACCCGGACAACCAGGUCAACCAGGAUACCCCGGACAGCCCGGACAGCCAGGAUACCCAGGACAGCAAGGACAACCCGGUGGUCCAGGACAACCCGGACAACCAGGUAAACCAGGACAACCCGGACAACCAGGUCAACCAGGAUACCCCGGACAGCCCGGACAGCCAGGAUACCCAGGACAGCAAGGACAACCCGGUGGUCCAGGACAGCCAGGGCAACCAGGAAAACCAGGCCAACCAGGUCAACCAGGAUACCCCGGACAGCCCGGACAGCCAGGAUACCCAGGACAGCAAGGACAACCCGGUGGUCCAGGACAGCCAGGGCAACCAGGUAAACCAGGACAACCCGGACAACCAGGACAACCAGGAUACCCAGGACAGCCCGGACAGCCAGGAUACCCAGGGCAGCAAGGACAACCCGGUGGUCCAGGACAACCCGGACAACCAGGUAAACCAGGACAGCCCGGACAGCCAGGAUACCCAGGACAGCAAGGACAACCUGGUGGCCCAGGACAGCCAGGGCAACCAGGUACACCAGGCCAGCCCGGCCAACCUGGACACCCAGGGCAGCCAGGUCAACCAGGAGAGCCUGGCAAACCAGGACAGCCUGGCCAACCAGGACAACCAGGAUACCCAGGACAACCCGGACAACCAGGAUACCCAGGACAGCAAGGACAACCUGGUGGUCCAGGACAGCCAGGGCAACCAGGUCAACCAGGAGAGCCUGGCAAACCAGGACAGCCUGGCCAACCAGGACAACCAGGAUACCCAGGACAACCCGGACAACCGGGAUACCCAGGACAGCAAGGACAACCCGGUGGUCCAGGACAGCCAGGGCAACCAGGUACACCAGGCCAGCCCGGCCAACCAGGAUACCCAGGGCAGCCAGGUCAACCAGGAGAACCUGGUAAACCAGGACAGCCUGGCCAACCAGGACAACCAGGAUACCCAGGACAACCCGGACAACCAGGAUACCCAGGACAGCAAGGACAACCCGGUGGUCCAGGACAGCCAGGGCAACCAGGAUACCCAGGCCAACCAGGUCAACCAGGAGAACCUGGCAAACCAGGACAGCCUGGCCAGCCAGGACAACCAGGAUACCCAGGACAGCCCGGACAACCAGGACAACCAGGGCAAUCAGGUGGCCCCGGACAACCAGGACAACCUGGAUAUCCAGGACAACCAGGACAGCCUGGAGGGCCUGGACAACCUGGACAACCGGGUUACCCAGGACAGCCCGGACAGCCGGGAUACCCAGGACAGCCAGGUCAGCCAGGUCAACCUGGACACCCAGGGCAGCCGGGAUACCCAGGACAACCAGGACAACCAGGACAGCCCGGAUACCCAGGACAACCAGGACAGCCCGGAUACCCAGGUCAGCCAGGACAACCAGGACAACCAGGACAGCCGGGAUACCCAGGACAACCAGGACAACCAGGACAGCCGGGAUACCCAGGACAACCAGGACAGCCGGGAUACCCAGGUCAGCCAGGACAACCAGGACAACCAGGACAGCCGGGAUACCCAGGUCAGCCAGGACAACCAGGACAACCAGGACAGCCGGGAUACCCAGGACAGCCAGGACAACCAGGCUACCCCGGACAGCCAGGACAACCAGGACAGCCGGGAUACCCAGGUCAACCAGGACAAUACCCAGAUUCUGAAACGGCACCGUCUGGCACCGGAGUACAACCACCUGCCACUGUACCAUCACAUCAAAUGCCACCAUUCCCUAUCUACGUCAUUCCGUACCCGCUGCCUAUCGUCCCUAGUCCAGCGUCUUGCCCGUGCUAUUUACUUAAACCAGGACAGAAUGAAACGAACGUACAAGCACAAGGACCUCAAGCAACGGCUCCGCCCCACUAUCAGAACCAGCCGCAGUACCCACCAUACGGCAUCAUUGGAUUCGUCCCCGUAGUAUUCGUACCAUACUGCCCAGGAAACGCUUCCAACAUGAAUAGCGCUCAGCAGAAUUUCCCUAACGCUGUCCCUGUUCAAUACAGCUGCAAUCAAUGUCAAGCUAGCAGUGAUAUCUAUCGAUACUUAGGCAGACUUAAUGGAGGACGCAGCACUGGUUUCAAGGAUCUCAAGGAUCUUAAAGAUCUCAAAGAAAUUAAAUCUCUAACUGAAUUAGAUGACCUCCUAAAAAAUCAAAUCAAACCAUUAGAGAAGAGUAUGCACACUAUCGCCGCUAAUCCGAGGGUUCUCGCCGAAACGAACGACAAAAAUGAAAAGAAAGAGAAAAUUGAAACAAAGACUCCUAGAAGAAGAACUAGAACCGGCAGAACUAGGGUGUCUAAGAACUAAAUAGGUAUAUGUAUAAUUAUGUAUACCAAGAAUCUUCAUAACCUCUUUUUGGUAUACGAUAAAAGAUAAUUUUGAGACUGUCCGAUUUUUUAAAUUCUUGGACGAUCUCAAAAUUGUAUAAAAUGACGUAAAGCACAAUAUUUAUUACCCGCAAAUAAAUACGUCAUUCAUAGGUUAAAGAAAAUUGUACUAUAAAUAUAUAAGUAUUCAAUGUUUUUUUUAUUAUUUCAUGAUACGCUUCUGUAUGUAAUAUUUACAAAUAAAAAUAUUCAGUUCGAUGUUGCCAUUUAUAUUGUUAUCUGAAUUUCGUAAUAAGAAAGCGUCAUCAUUUAAUUUUGUCAAGAAAUAAUAAAUUAUAUUUUCAAAUAAUUAA